CUGCAAAACUGACCGAGGGGGGUAAAACUGUCCAUCGCGUUACAUACAGCAGAGAUAGAAAGAUACAUUAUCGGUUGUGAAAAAAAGCCACGUGCUAUUACAACAAGUGAUCAGUGCCAUUCAUUCAGAAGGUCCCACCACGGAUGGGCAACUCUCUGAAAAUCGCCUAAGUUUGGAAAACCCCACGCAUACGAUCGGGUGGACCUGAUGGUUUUCAUUGCCGACCGCUGCAGGUUGACAAGCGCAGGCGCGCGCGCGGUCUGAGUCACGAGUCCGAACUUCUCAGCGGCCAACCGCCGAUCUGAGUUCUCAAACCGAUUUUCCCGCCAAAUUGGCGCUAUAUAAAGUUACCCGACUUUUCCGUUUCAAAAAAUCUCAGGCCCACAUUUCUCGACAAUGGCGCUCCCAUCUGCUUUCCAAGAAAGGCUUCAGCAAAUGGAAGAGACCAGAAACCAGAGGCUCUCUCUCUUAAAAGUCGAGAAAGAGCUUCAAAGCAAGAAAUCUCUGCUCUUAUCGGCGAAGCUCUCGAACCUCCGACGGAUGGAGCAACGCUGCCUCCUCCUGGAGCAGAGGAACGUGGUGCUGAGCUUCCAGAUCCUGGCCAAGAAAUCCGAAAUCGAGACUGUCGAUGCUGAAUACCUGAGUGUAGCUCAGCAGAUUAGGGAUUUGAAGAGUGAGAUCGGCGAGCUUGAGGAAUGUGAGAAGGAGAGGGAGAGGUUUUAUGAGAUGAAGGUAUUGGAAAUGGAGGAAUUCAAGAAUGAGGUGGGAAGAUGUGUUUCGCUGUCUAGCUUGGAAGUGCAGAAGUUGAGAAAUGAUCUCAAAUCAAAACUUCAAGAACUUCAAGGCCACGAUGGAUAUAUGAACAAUUUGGAGAUAGCUGCAGCUGAGGCAAGGAAGGCUGAGCUUUUAGAUCAGAAAGAGAAUCUGGACAGAAGUUUGGCAUCUAAUUACAAACUAAGAUUGUUGCUGCAAAAACAUCUUCAGAAUAUGUUAGUGUCAAAGGAUGAAGAGAGGAAAAAUGAAUCGGGACAAUGAAAGACGGCUCUCAAAAUAGCAAGCUUGAAAAUAGAAAGAAAGAGCUCAGUAACCAAUGGAUGAAGCAGCAAGGGACAGGCACAAGGUGAGGAUGGUUGGGUCGUGUCCUCAUCUCCAGAGUACAUGAAAUACUACCAGGAUGUUUCUUAAUCAGUUCCUGCCAUGGUCGAAUUUCUGCCAUUUUUAUCUGCACCCUGGCAAGAUUUUUGUACUUCCUUAUGCAGUUCUUUCCAUGUAGAUGUGUAAAAGGUCAGAAUGCCUUCCAGUUUCUGUCUUCUUUUUACCAUAGAAACAGGCCAUCUGUAAGUGCAUUGAAAUAUUCUUGUAGCACUUCAAAUCCUGAAAUGUUCUCAGAUGUGUUUUUGAUGUUUUGAGGAAGACGAGCAUCAAGAAAUGUCUA